AUGUUUACAGAUAAAAGUCCUCUUAUUAGUGGUGCUACUUCAUUUUUUAUAAAUCAAGAACCAGAUCCACAAUCAGUUGGGUGGUUUGAUAAGUUAUUUGAAGAUGAAGAUAAAGGAACCUUUUCAUGUUUGAAGUUAACGUGGAGUCAAAGAAUGUUAUUUUGUUUAGGAUUUUGUGGAUUUGGAAUGUUAUGUAUUUUUAUGUCACUUUCAUUCUUUUUCUUACCUACUCGUUUUGCUAUGACAUUCACUUUUGGAAAUAUAUUAAUUUUUAUUGGAACUUCAUUUUUAAGAAGUAUUAAAUCCCAGUAUCAAUCUUUGUUAAAUGAUCCUUCAAAACUAAUUGCUUUUAUUAUUUAUUUUGCUUCAAUUGGUAUCACUUUAUUUAGUGGUCUUUAUAUUGGUUCUACACUAUUAACAAUUGUCAGUGUAAUCAUUGAAAUAUGUUCUUGUAUAUGGUACAUUGCUUCUUAUAUCCCUUAUGCUCAAACAUGUUUAUCAGCAACAUGUAAAGGAUGUUGUAGACGUAAUUGA